AUGAUCCCUGUUCCCACUGUCUUAGUGCGUGAACGUCGUUAUCGAAGACGGGAUCAGAGUCGAGUGAAUGGUGGUACCGGCGGGUCGCAUGCUGAUGAUGUGGACGAUGCGGAAAGUCAAGAAGCACUCAGCAUCGAUUGCGCUUUCGAUGGAGCCACGACGGACCACCUCAGUACUCCACGCCACUCCAGCGGGAUUGGACAGGUAAACUAUUGUAUUGAAUAG